UGUUUAUUGUUUUAUUAUCUACAUAAAAAAAAAAUGCUUAUUACGCAAGUGUCAAAAAACAAGUGCUUUGGUGGUCAUGUUGUGAAAUAUGAACACCAUUCAGAAGAACUUGGCUGUGACAUGAAGUUCAAUGUGUUCUUACCCAAAGAAUCCACCACACAAAAAGUGCCCGCCAUCUUCUUCUUGUCAGGUUUGACAUGUACCGAAGACAACUUUAUCCAAAAGAGUGGCGCUAUGGCUGAAGCCUCCAAGCAUGGUAUUGCACUCAUUGCUCCCGAUACCUCUCCACGUGGUGUCAGUAUUGAAGGCGAUAGUGACUCUUGGGAUUUCGGUACGGGUGCAGGUUUCUAUGUAGAUGCUACAGAAGAAAAAUGGGCCAAACAUUAUCGCAUGUAUUCUUAUAUUGUCAAGGAGUUACAUGCUCUUGUAAUGCAACAAUUGCCCAUUGAUGAAGAACGUGUUUCAGUGAUGGGACAUUCGAUGGGAGGUCAUGGUGCUUUGACGAUUUAUAUCAAGAAUCCUUCUCAAUUCAAAACAGCCUCUGCUUUCUCGCCUAUUGCAAAUCCCAGCAACUGUCCUUGGGGUCAAAAGGCUCUUUCGAAUUACUUGGGAUCUGACAAAGAGACAUGGAAGGCUUACGAUACAGUAGAAUUGUUGAAGUCUCACUUGAACCAAAAGUUAGACAUUCUUGUAGACGUUGGAACCGCUGAUAAUUUCUUGGCCAAGGAAUUACUGAUCGAUCAAUUAGAAGAGACAGUUAAGCAGUUGGGUCGCGAGACUGAAUUCACGAUUCGUCGUCAAGAAGGUUAUGAUCACAGCUACUUUUUUAUUUCUACUUUUAUUGCCGAUCAUAUCCAACAUCAUGCAAACCUCUUGAAAAAAUAAAAAUCGUUUCUGUGAAUGUUUGUAAUUCGCCAGAAUGUUUACACGCAUAACCCACCCUUGGUG